GCCUACGUCAAACCGGUACUCUCCACCAUGCAGCUCUUGACCAUCAUCCUCUCCGCCCUCUCGCUCGCCACCGUCGCGCUCGGCGUUCCUGCGAGCGGCAGCUCGGCCCAGACACAGCAGGUCACGUAUGACCCGGUGUACGACAAGAAGUCGAACUCGCUCGACAUCGUCGCAUGCUCAAACGGCAAGCACGGCCUUGAGACCAAGGGCUACACGACCUUUGGCUCCCUGCCCAACCAGUAUCUCGGCGGCGCGCAGGCCGUCACAGGCUGGAACUCGCCGAACUGUGGCACCUGCUGGCAAGUGAGCCAUAACGGUACGACGAUCAACGUGCUCGCCAUCGACCACGCGAAGUCGGGCCUCAACAUCGGGGAGAAGGGCCUGAACAAACUCACGCACGGCCAUGCCGAGGAGCGCGGCGUCAUCCACGCGAAGGUCAAGCAGGUGUCCGCGAGCAAGUGCGGCCUGUGAACGUUGUGGCGGGAGGUUCGGUGCGCUAUUGGACGCUUGCGAUUCGUUUUGGAUUUGGCCCGGACUUUGUUGUUGUACGCCCUGGACUUUAGGCUUGAUAUGUGAACGCUGUUAAGUUAAACAUGUAAACGAGCGACAACGAGGCGAAGAGGCCGGUUUAGGAGACGACUCGCUACUACUAUGCUCACACAGAAAUAUGGUAAAAUCACGUAAUAACGCUCAGAGGGGCAGCAGUCUAAGGCGCAAUGUGAGAUUA